AUGGUAAACACCCACAAUGAGCACGAGUAUGCUGAACUCCAUCAUCCACCGGGAUAUGCUUUUAAUAAGAACAUGAGCAGGGAGAAAGUGAGUGUCUGGAUUGGUCUUUGUGGCAAUGGUUCAUUGGUGGGACCUUACUUUUUUGAAGGCAACAUCAAUGGCAGGGCGUACCUUGACAUGCUGAACAAUUUUAUUGUGCCUGAGAUGGAACAGAUCUUCCCCCGACAACGACGUGGAGCAUUCCGCAGGGCCUGGUGGGCUCAGGAUGGGGCCCCAGCCCACAGACUUAUUGCUGUGAGGAAUCGUUUGACUGAACUCUUUGGCAAUCGCAUCAUUGCUCUUCAUUUCCCAGUUGAGUGGCCGGCACGUUCACCAGAUCUGACACCAUGCGAUUUCUUUCUUUGGGGGUAUCUUAAAGGAAAAGUGUUCCAAACCCCACCGGCCACAAUUCAGGAGCUGAGGCAACAGAUAACAGGUGAAGUGAACCGAUUACGACAAGAUCAGGGAAUGAUCAGGCGUGCUGUCAGGGACAUGAGGAGGCGUUGCGAGCUUUGCAUGGAAAGGAAUGGCGGUCAUGUCGAGGGUACACAUCCCUAA